AUGCGGGGGCCCAGACGCGCGGAGGCGGCCCCUAAAAAGACGGUGCGUCUCACACGAUCGAGGGGCUCGUUGGGCGCGGGCGAGGCCAACAACAGUAGCACCGGAGCGGGGAGCCGAUCUUCGCACGACCAACCGGCGGAGAUGCCGCAUGCGGCCCGCUUGCACCCCUCCACGGACGGCGCCUCCGCCUCCGCUGCGUCUUCGCCGGACGCGACGCAGGUGGUGCAGACCCUGGAGGAAGGCAACGCGCUUGUGAGGCGGCUGCGGCAGCUGGAGAAUGAAAACGCCUCCCUCGCCAACGCCCUCACAAAGGUGUGCGACGACAACGCGAGGCUGGCGAGGCACGUGGGCCAGCAGGAGGAGAGGUGCGUGGCGCUCUCCACCCGCCCCUUCGCGGCGGCGUCCGUGUUGCACUCUCUCUUUGAGCCGGAGAAGACGGGCUGGUUUGGGGGCUCGAAGUCCGCGGCGCGCGAGGGCUUGGAGGCGAUGUUGCAGGCGCUGCAAAGCGAGUUUGUUGAGUACCAGGCGAACCACGCCUCCUCCAACGACGAGGUGCAGGUGCUCAUUGGAGAACUGCAGAACGCCCACAUGAAUGCGCAGAGGCUCUCGGUCAUUGUGCAUGAGCAGCAGGAUGUGAUCAGCCGCGGGCCGCUGAGCGUCGCCGUUCGCAUUCUUCCUAGCCAGACGGAGGCGGAGCGGGUCUCGCUCAUAGACUUGCGCCACGAGUUGGAGCGCCGCUCGGAGCGUGAGGAGGAGCUUCGCCAGGAGCUUCGUGGUGCACGCGAGGAGUUGCAGAUAAAGACGGUGGAAAACGCUCGACAGCAGCGGGAGCUGCAGUCCCUGCGUCUGGAGGGCAGCAACUCCAACGAGGUGGAGCUGCAGUACCUCAACGACGAGGUCGCGCGGCUGAAGACGGAGGUGGCGCAGCUGCAGAAGGCCCUGGCCACGGAAGAGCAACUGCAUAAACUGAAGGUGGGCGAGAACGCCACCCUGGCGCAGCAACUCACUGAGGCAAUGAGCCGGCUACGUGCACCCGCCGCGGAGGAGCGGGCGCCGCCGCCGCAGGAGGCGCCGUGUGACCGAUGCGGCGAACUGCAGCAGGAGUGCGACGUCGCGAAUGGGCGCCUGCAGACGGCCACGCGGGAGGUGCAGCAGCUGGAGGCGCGACUGACGGAGCUGCGGCGGGCGAACGAGCUGGAGGUGGACGAGCUGCAGCGGGACAAGGCGAGGCUCGAGCAGAGGUUGUACCACAGCGUCGCACGCGACGCGCUGGAGGCGGCGGAGGCGCGGAACAGGCAACUUGCGCAGGAGCUUGAGUUCACCGCCGCGCGGGUGAAGCACCUGGAGGAGCUUGUCGCGCGGGAACGCGAGAAGGGCACCGGUGACGCGGCCGGAGGCAGCGGCAGGGGCGAAUCCGCGCUGGACGACCGAGAGAUCCUUAGCGCGCUGGAGCGCAACCGGGCGCGUAUCGAGUGCGUGGAGUUUCAGCGCAAUCAACUCCAGGAGGAGGCGAAGCAGCUCCGUGCGGCGGCGGCGGCGAAGGAGGAGGAAGUCAUCCGGCUCACGCGCGCCUCCCAGGAGGACAAGCAACGCAUUAACUUCCUCUUGAAGCGCUGUGUGACGCUGACGAGCGACCUCAACAGCAGCGCCGCCGCGAAGGACGCACUCGUCGAGGAGAAGGAGGCCGCGCAGCUGGAGCUAAAAAAGCUGCGGCGCGAGGGCGAGGAGGUUGGGAAGCUGCAACAAAACGUGGCUGAGCUGCGGCAAAAGAAUGAUGCCCUGCAGGAUCGUCUCUCAAGCGUGGAGGUGCUGGAAAAUGAACUUGUCAAGGCGAAGGAGACCAUCGCGUACAUGGAGCUGGCGCAGAGUCGCACGAUAAACAUGAGCCAGUACGCCGAGCUGCAGUCGCAGAACUCAAAGCUGGCCAACACGCUGGAACCGAUCAAGAAACAACUGGAGGAGGCCCGAAGAGAGUUGGGACGCAUCAAGGAAGAAAACGAGAGCCUCCACGCGGUGCUGACGCGGCAGCAGAACACAAUCAAGUCCCACGAGGAGCAGACGGCGGCACUGCAGUCCAGCGACGCCAAAAUGCGGGAAAAGUGGAAUCAGCUCAGCAGUGAAAAUACACGCCUACGGGACGUGAAUGCGACGUUGGAGGCGCAGAUGACGGACAUGCAGGACGGCAUCAAGGAGAUGGCGGUGAAGUUGGAGCAGGAGCGCACGCGCGCCCAGGUGGCGGCGGAGGCGGCCUACAAGGAGGAAAAUGCCCAGCUGCAGCGCAAACUCGACGCGGCAAACGCAACGCUGGCAACGGUGCGUGCGACGCAGGACAACUUUGUUCCGGAGGCCAUUCACAAGGCGACCCUGGCGGAGAAGGGGCGGGUCAGCGAGGAGCUGAGGCAGAAGAGCUUUGACCUUGACAAGCUAAAGUCUGAAAUUCUCAUCUACCGUCAAACCAUCGACGACCUAGAGACGGAGAACGAGGAUCACGUGCGGCAGAUUGAGUCUUUGCAGGCGACGCACCAAAAGGAGCGUGGCGCCGCCGCCGAGCGACUCGCGGCAGAAACGAAUAAACUCACGGAAGCCUAUGAGGAGCUAGAGGAACUUCGAACGCAGUUGGGGGAAUUGCAGCAAAGUGAGCAGCAGUUGCUGUUGCGCCAGAAGGAAAUGGAGGAGGCGGCGCAGAAGCACCGUCGGGCCUUUGAAGACAAGUGCCGACAGGAGGAAAAGCUUCUGCAAACGGUUACCACGAUAAACCAAGAGAUGGAGAGACAGCGGGAGGAGCUGGACGGGGCAAGGAAUGCGGUUGUGGAAUAUAAAGCGAAGCAUGAGAAGCUGGAGGCCGAUAUGGAAGAUGCAGCGGCACUUGGACUGCGUCAGCAACAGGAUGCGGAGGCUGAGCUUGAGAAGCUGCGCGACGAGCUUCGACGUGUGCAUGCAGAGAAGGCAGCUAUGGAGUUGGAUCUUGGGAAGCUGCGGGAGGUCACAACAGGCAAUGGUCCUAGUAGGAAUACAAAAACUCGUCGCGAUAGCAAUGGUGGGGAUGCGAACAGUAAUAGUCAUGCUGCCGCUGCUGCUGCUGCUGCCGCCGCCGCCGCCACCGAGAUGAAAGAGCGAGGCGUCACUGACCGCAGCGCUUGCGUUAGUGUAGAGACGGGUGCGUCCUUCGCCGACGCCGCCGUUCAAUGCGCGCUGGCGGAGCAGCCGCAGACGUCGCUGAUACACCCCCAACCGCAGCUGGAGGGGCAGCUGCAGUCCAGUACGGAGGCGGCGGAGACGCUUGACAGGGCGCUUGACAAGGCAGACGCCGAGGCUGCGGCGCUGCGGGAGCGAGUCCAAUACUUAGAGAGUGAACUCCAUCGCAGGGCGCACGACAGCGACGAACCACUGAGUUUGGCCUCGGGGCAGUCAAGGAGGAGGAAAAAGAAGGCAGCCAAGAAAUGCCUUUCAUCCAUGGCCCAUGUCGAAGAUCUACAGGAGACAGACGUCUUGGCGCUCGCUGCCGCAGAUGGGGGGGUGAAGCAGCAGCAGCAAGUCCAGCUCCAGCAACAGCGGGAGACGCUGGAGAAGCUCGAGCAGGAGGUGUUGGUGCUUCGGGAGGAGAAUGUGCGACUCAAGGAGAACAUUGCCACUCUCACGCAGGAGUUAGUAGACGCCCAUGACGAUCUGGAGCUUGCAACUAAAGAUGUCGACUCUCGCACUGCCGAGCUGCAUGAGCAGAUUCGAUUCCUGGAGUUGCAGUUGCGGAGCCACUCAACCGACGCACAGGGAGAGACGGAGUUGCGGCGACUCGUGACGGAGAACAGCAGACUGCAAUCGGAGCUGGGUGCCCUUUCGGAUGCCGUGAGUACGGCGUCAGGAAGCCCUGACGCGACGGUGCGGCGACUGCAGUUGGAGCUACAAAACCUCGCAAAGGAGCUCGUGCCGACGAAGAAUAGACUCGUUGAGUACAUGGCAAUGGCGGAUAGACUUGGCAUUCACUACCCCUUUUCACCUGAUAUGGAGGGGACUGCGGUGCUUCGCCUGAAGGCAUUGCAUUUUGACUCCGUCACCGGGCGAGCGCGGGCGAGCUCGGCUCCGCGGCGACCAUCCGCUUUCUCUGCCAGCAGAGAAACAGGACCGCCGGCUACCAGGCCUAAGAAAAGGGCAAAGAAGCAGCCCAAGUCGGAGAGCCAAGUCGAUGAGCUUUCGGACCUGCGAUGA